AUGAAAUUCCUCCCACAAAAAUACCGAGAGUCGCAAUCUGAUUGGUUUGGUAAGCGGGGAAUUUCGUGGCACAUAAGUGUGGUUGCGCGCAAGAUCAAGCAAUGUUUUCAACACCAGGCAUUUGUGCAUGUUUUGGAGAACUGCAAGCAGGACAGCUACACUGUUGUGCGAAUAAUUGAACAUACUUUACGGACCCUGAAACAUGAGCAUCCCGAAUUGACAACUGCUUUUCUACGGCAAGACAACGCCGGCUGCUACCAUUCUGCUGAAAUGCUGGCAAGCUGUGCUCAAAUGGAAUCUAAAACUGGUAUCGCAGUACGAAGGGUUGACUUCAGCGAUCCCCAGGGAGGGAAAGGUCCUUGCGACAGAAAGGCGGCUACUGUCAAAGCCCAUGUAAGGAAAUACAUCAACGAAGGUCAUGAUGUGUUGAAUGCUAAUGACUUCUUGAAUGCCAUGCUUUCAAAUGGUGGAAUACCAAAUGUUAGAGCGGUUAUUGCUGAUGCCUAUAGUACCGAAAGGGAUGCUCAACUUUCACUGAAGUGGUCUGGCGUUAACUCUUUAAACAACUUUUUGUAUUCUGAGAAAACUAUUACUGUUUGGAAAGCGUACAAUGUUGGCGAGGGAAAGAAGGUACCAGGUAUGCAAAACAAAUGGGGAAAAGUUUUUCAUUUAUUCUUCAUAUUUAACCGUAAAUGUGGAGUACAAGGUUCUAUGCUGCCGUCACGCUCGGCAUGAAAUUUUUUAUAAGAAGAAGAAGAAAAAAAACAGUGACAAGAAAAAACACACUGGAAUAAAAAAAACUCUUUUUCUUAUUGAAGUUAUACUCAUGCUCCACACUCUAGUUUACCACCUAUUACUUAUCCUUUGCGCGAAAUACCCCUAAACAACAACAACAACAACAACAAUAAUAAAAAAAACACUGUCCAUUUGCGGGGCUGAAUCUUGUGUAAUGGUAUUACAUUUUCAUUUUGGUUUUUUAGUUCCAGAUUACUCACAGCCGCCCGGCUUUGAGUGCCAGUUUUCCUCAGGGGACUUCUCAGAGGUACCUCAGGCGGUCGAUAAGCAAAAACCCAGUUUUCAAGAGACUGGUGAACAACAUCCAGAUGAGAAGGAAGAAGACCGAGAACUGAGCGCUAUGUUUUCUUGUCCGCACGAGGGUUGCGUUAAGAUGUAUCAGCGUCACUAUGCUUUGGAAAACCACUUGCUGUAUGGGCAAUGUGAGUUUCUACCGGUCAGAGAUAGUCUUAUGGAUAAGGCCAAAGUAUUAUACCAUGAUAAACUACUCUGUGAGGCCAGCAACCUGCCAUCCGUGAAAGCUGAGUCAAGUCAAUGCCCGGUAACAACUGAGGUUCUUCCACAAGGGUGGGCUUUAAGAUCCGCUAGAAAGGCAACACGGUUUAGUGAUUCCCAGCGACAGUACUUAGACGGGAAAUUUAACGUCGGGCAAGCAACAGGAGUGAAACUUGAUCCUGUGGAUGUUGCACGUGACAUGCGUUACGCGCGAAACCAGGAAGGGGAAAAGCUGUUCACUGUAAGUGAAUUUUUGACCGAACAGCAAAUUCAGUCAUACUUUUCAAGACGAGCCUCUAAACUCCGGCAUUCUCAUUCAGAAGAUCCAGAAUCUGAUCAAGACGAGGAUAUUAUGGCCGCUGAAGAGGAAAUCGCGCACGAAAAUGUUCGCGCAGUUGUGUUAGAGGAGGUGGGAAUAAGGCACCCAAUUGUUUUUGACACUUUUAACCUAUGUGACAUGCACAAGGCAGGUAAACUGCGACACCUAAGUGUUUCCAUGUUGCGUUCCAUUUGCGAACAUUUUGACAUCGAAGUGAUGAACAUCAAAGGACGACGCAAAGCUCCUUACUUGUCUCUACUUGGGGAACUUCUCGUGGCAUGCAGUUGUCAUAACAGUUAG